AUGUCCGAUCAACGUCCAAGACCAGGAGCGAGAAAAUCUUCAAGCGAACGGUUCCAAUUUUUGAAACCCCGCUCUUCGUCCCGCAACCGUUCGGCAAGACAAUCCACGGCCUCGAAUUCUGAUUCCGAUUCAGAUGACGACAACAACAAUAGCAACGGUGGUCAAACCCGUCCACCACACGAACGUCCUGCAUCGCGGAAUCUGCCCUCUUUUGCCCGUGGUUUGAGCUCCCAGCAGCAAAACAGACGUCAGGACAUCGAAGAUGACGCCAUAGACACCAUUCAGACUAACAGUGGCAAUAACUCAGACCAUUACGACGAGGAAAGCGAGGAACAAGAAUUUGAAGCAAAUAAGGACAUCCACUCGAAUGACAGAAACCCAUCAGAAACUCACUCUUACCAUGAGCAGAAUUCUUACAACCCACAACAGCUGCAUUACAUGUCCUCAGAUGACGAGAAAAUAGACCCCAAGGACUCAGAUAAAAGUUCCCCCACGCAGGUCGCCACCACAGAAUCGCAAAACCCGUUCAACAACCCUGUUUUGCACGGUGAAGGGGACAAAGGCAACAACGACGACGACAAAGGUUCCUCCGACGAAGACAAGGUCGACAACUUCAAACGGUUUUUCAGGAGAAGAUCUUCUUCUCGUAGGUCCUCUACACGCCGCUCCUCCCAUGAUUCGAGACCCAGCGGCAUGCGUUCUCUAAAGGAAGAAAAUGAGGACGAUGAUCAGGGCGGUUUUCUAAACAAGUUUUUGCAGUAUACAGGCGGUGGUAUGACACCAGGGCUUGUAAGGUCUGGCACACAAAGAUCUAGUCACGAUAAUGAGCAUGUGGCAGGUCAGGAAAAUUUGGAAGAACCGGUAGAUGGUGUAGACGUGAGUGAAGCGGCUCAACAAAUUCUUCAACAACACGGCGCCGCUGCAUUACAGGAUCCAAACGCUCCAAAACUUGGUGCUCAAGGAAAUGGGAGUGCUAACCUCGAAGUUCCAAUGAACAACCCAUCGGACGGCGAAACCAUGGUAACCUCAGGGAAAGAUUCCUUUUUCGCCAACCGAGUGGGCCAUUAUGACGAUUUUGAUGACGACCCCGACGGAUUCAAUCCCCUGAUGGAAGACAACUCCUACAUAGCUCCACCAGACCGGGUUCGCGGGGGUGUGUUGGGAUCUUUACUUAAAUUGUAUCAGAACGAAGACGAGUUCGCGUCUCGCUCUCAAGUCUCGCUUGACACCACUCCUGAGUCGGUCGACUUUUACGACAACGAUUCUCUCCCGCUCACAGGAAUGACAGAGGUUGACCCCGGACAACCCAACAAGAAAGGAAAGAAAAUCUCUUUCAAUACGCCCUCCUUUUCCGGCAUCAAAGGCAAGGCUUCCAACCUGUUAAGUUCAGAAAACCUUCCCAACAAUGGUAAACUGCCAAAUUUCAAAGCAACUAGGCCCAAGGCAAAGAACUUCAAACAGGUUGCUAAACAGGCCAACAAAUUGCGUCGUAAGCAAAAUGCUGAAGCUAAGAUUACUGUACACAUCGCUGCUUUACUCCAAAGACAAAGAUUCAUCUUGCGGUUGUGCAAAGCGUUAAUGCUUUACGGUGCUCCAACUCAUCGAUUGGAAGAAUAUAUGGUCAUGACUUCUCGAGUGUUGGAAAUCGACGGCCAGUUUUUGUAUGUCCCAGGGUGUAUGGUGGUUUCGUUUGGUGACGCCACUACCAGAACAUCCGAAGUCCAGCUUGUCAGAUGCGCUCAGGGUUUGAACUUGUGGAAGCUACAUCAAGUCCAUGCCAUCUACAAACAAGUUGUCCAUGAUUUAAUGAGCGCUGAAGAAGCCAACAUGGCCAUCGACCGGAUUCUGAAGGAGAAAAACUUGUACCCACCCUGGGCUUGCGUCUUCUUGUAUGGAUUUUGCUCAUCUAUGGUUACGCCCUUCGCAUUCGGUGGGGACUGGAUUAAUAUGGCCACGUCUUUCGUCAUCGGUUGCUGUGUCGGGUGCUUGCAGUUUAUCGUCUCCCAACGCUCGAGCUUAUACUCAAACGUGUUCGAAGUCACGGCCUCGAUUGUCGUCAGUUUCUGUGGAAGAGCACUGGGAUCUAUUCCAAAAACGAAACACAUAAACAUUUGUUUCGGGUCUACCGUCCAGGGGUCCCUAGCGUUAAUUUUACCUGGUUUCAUCAUUUUGAGUGGUUCGCUGGAAUUACAAAGUAGAAACUUGGUCGCUGGAUCCGUGAGAAUGUUUUACGCCAUCAUCUACUCCCUGUUUUUGGGUUUCGGUAUCACACUGGGUGCAGCUUUGUUCGGAUGGCUCUACCACGACGCUACGAAUGACACAGUUUGUCAAAAUCCACACGUGCCAACGGAAUUCAAAAUCCUGUUUGUACCUGCAUUUUCGAUUGGUCUGGCCCUAAUCAACCAGGCCAGAUGGUCCCAGCUACCAGUCAUGACAUUCAUAUCGUGCGCCGGUUACGCCGUUACCUGGGGUUGUGGAUUACAUUUCAAGAACUCAACCGAGUUCAAUUCUUCGAUUAGUGCUUUCGUCAUCGGUGUUUUAGGUAACCUGUACUCGAGAAUCUGGAAAGGACUGGCUGUCUCUGCCAUGCUGCCAGGUAUUUUCGUUCAAGUGCCCUCCGGCGUAGCGUCUCAGAGUUCGUUGCUCGCUGGUGUUCAGAGUGCAAAUGCCAUCACUAACAGCACUAAUAGCGCAGAAAAUGCUGCUGCCGUAAACGACAUCUCCGGGUCCAUGUCGUUUGGUGUAACCAUGAUUCAGGUUUCCAUUGGUAUUUCUGUGGGAUUAUUUGCCUCCACACUUUUCGUAUACCCAUUUGGCAAAAAGUCCACUUCUCUUUUCACCCUUUGA